GGCGCCUCGAAACAGGUUUGAACAGCUCAGAGUGUUGACUAUCGUGGUCGGACAAUCGGGACUGAAAUAUUGAGUCCACGAUUGGGUAUUUGUGCAAGGAUUUAUUCUGGAUGUACUUUCCCUAUACAUACUUUGUUUUGGACAUUCACUGCGUCUCCGUGCGCCUACAGAGGGGAAGCUGUCGUUUUCCAAAGUUUGGACCAGUGUGAAUUUAGCGAGGAGGAGGAAAGACUAACCAAGGGGAGAGGAGAAGUAGCUAGCUAGCUGGCGAGCUAGCUGUCUGGGGGGAAGAAACCGCAUAGAAAGUAUGGCUGUGCACAAUGUUCCGAUAAUGGAUUAUAGUCAAGUGAGUGGAAAGGUUUUCACUAUGUUUCUAUUGUUAUUCGUUGGCAUUUUGGGAGUUGCUGGACAGUAUGGAGACCGGGGACUGUCCGUUCCUGAGCACGGCUUUUGCCAGCCAAUUUCUAUUCCACUUUGUACGGACAUAGCUUACAACGAGACCAUCAUGCCUAAUUUACUGGGACACACAAACCAAGAGGAUGCAGGACUCGAAGUGCAUCAGUUUUAUCCGCUUGUCAAAGUUCAGUGCUCUCCAGAUUUGAAGUUCUUUCUCUGCUCUAUGUACGCGCCUGUUUGCACUGUUUUGGACCAAGCGUUACCCCCGUGUCGGUCCCUGUGUGAGCGGGCAAGGCAGGGUUGCGAGGCGCUGAUGAACAAAUUCGGCUUUCAGUGGCCGGAUAGCCUCGCAUGCGAAAAAUUCCCUGUUCACGGUGCAGGCGAGUUGUGCGUCGGACAAAACAUGUCGGAGAAAAGCACCCCGAUCAACCCGACCCCCGAGGUAACAAUGCUUCCUGACCGAUGGAACGUAUUUAAGUGUCCUUCUUCUCUGUCAGUCCCCCCGUAUCUGAAUUAUCGUUUUCUGGGUUUAGAUGAUUGCGCUGCCCCCUGCGAACCAAAACGAUCCCAUGGAGUAAUGUACUUUAAUGAAGAAGAACAAAAGUUCGCCAGAAUAUGGAUUGGAAUAUGGUCAGUUUUAUGUUGCGCGUCCACGCUGUUUACAGUUUUGACUUACCUAGUGGAUAUGAAACGAUUCAGCUAUCCAGAGAGACCCAUUAUUUUUCUCUCCGGCUGUUAUACCAUGGUCUCAAUAGCUUAUAUUGCCGGAUUUCUCCUUGAGGACAAGGUAGUGUGUAAUGAGAAAUUUGACAAUGACUUUAGGACUGUGGUCCAGGGGACCAAAAAAGAGGGCUGCACCAUUCUCUUCAUGAUGUUGUACUUCUUCAGUAUGGCCAGCUCCAUUUGGUGGGUGAUCCUGGCUCUCACCUGGUUCCUGGCAGCGGGGAUGAAGUGGGGGCACGAAGCUAUCGAGGCCAACUCGCAGUACUUCCACCUCGCAGCGUGGGCAGUGCCAGCCAUCAAAACCAUCACUAUCCUGGCAGUGGGACAGGUCGACGGGGACGUGCUUAGCGGAGUGUGCUUCGUUGGCAUCAACAGUGUAGAUGCGCUUCGCGGCUUUGUCCUGGCGCCCCUGUUCGUCUACCUGUUCAUCGGGACAUCUUUCCUUUUGGCCGGGUUCGUGUCGCUGUUCCGCAUCCGCACCAUCAUGAAACACGACGGAACCAAGACCGAGAAGCUGGAGAAGCUAAUGGUCCGGAUAGGCAUCUUCAGCGUCCUCUAUACUGUUCCAGCCACCAUCGUCAUUGCAUGCUACUUUUAUGAGCAGGCCUUCCGGGAGCAGUGGGAGAAGACAUGGAUCAGUAAGACCUACAAGAGUUAUGCUGUGCCACGUCCGUCAUUUCACCAUUCUGAUAUGAGCCCAGACUUCACGGUCUUUAUGAUCAAGUACCUGAUGACCCUGAUAGUUGGUAUUACCUCCGGUUUCUGGAUCUGGUCGGGCAAGACGCUCAACUCGUGGAGAAAGUUCUACACAAGACUGGCGAACAGUAAGCACGGUGAAACAACGGUGUGAAUUCAGUUUGGGGAUUUUGACUAAAUUUCAAAUGUGUUUUCCCGAACGUUACACAAAAAACUGAUGAACAACCAUUUGUGGAAUUACAAAGAAACUGUCUUUGAUAUGUUUAUGUUGUAAAUAUGCGUUUGUAAGAUUUUUGUAAGUAUAUAUUUGUAUUUAAAAAUCUACUUCCAGUCGAUUUAAAUCAUUCAUACCGGAUUUCGGACAGCAAGAAUGCCGACUUGUCUUUUUUAUGUACACAUCUAAGCUCUGAGGACAUUGGUGAGGACCUUUGGCAUUGCUGGGAGAAACACAUACGAUCUGCCUUUUAUCACAAGUCUGAAUAUGAAUUAUUUGCUUGGAUAAGCUGGGUCUGCGCUCUGUGAUAGACGGCUGCGUCAAAAGUGAUGCGCAUGUUUUAUGUUCUGCUUUUCCAAUACAUAAAAAAAUGGACAUAACAUUGAACACUUUUCAUGUGAAGCUCUUUGAGACCCAACGUCCGAUUGCGAAAGAAUUGGGUUGUUAUUAUUUUUCUUUUUUUCCAUAGGAGUUUACCUUUGAGCUUUAAAUUAAAGCUUAACGCUUUUCAUAGUACAGAUCACGUCAUUACACACGGGCUUCCACAACUACCGUUAUGCUGGUGCUCUUGUUUGGUUUUUUAAACCAGGUGGAAUAGGUUUACUGCCAUUCCACACCAAUGUUUGGGCAGUUAAAAAAAAUGGGAUUUGAGGGAGGGCGUGGGUGGGGAUUGUCAAAUCACUUCCAGUGCCUUUGGUUUGUGAGAGCCUUUGAGGAGAGUAGCCUACUUCCUAGAGGCUGGACAGCACUUGGAUAGAAAGGUGUCUGUUUUUGAAAUGGAUUGGAUGUCAUGGAAUCCAGCACAUAUGAGAAUAAAGCUUAUGGGGGAAAGGAAUGUCUUGGCAAAUUGGUUGUGCUGGUCUCCAUCCCGUGCUUACCUUAGGAAAUGAACCCAUCGGAUUAUGAGUUGUCAUAACUGUCCAUUCAGCUUGUUGUGGGCUACAAGUAUUCUAUCUUACAAAAAACAAGCAGAGAAAGAAUGCCACUGGAAUCAAGUAAGAUAUGUUGUCUUCAUUUUUGGGUUCCAUUUUAAUUAUGAGCAGACCAGAUUCAGUAGUGAUAUUAUUUGGUUGUGCUUUAAGGGCUGCUGCAGAUGUAGAUGUUGUGCCAGAGUAAUACUUGAAGAGCUCUUUUCCAAAAUGGUAUAUCCACCAUUUUAAAGCAUUUUCUUAUUAAUCAUUUAAUCAAGUAAUUUCAGUGGAACUGUAAUACAACACAACUGCACUUUUAUUGAUAUUACCUGAAACACACAAUUAAAUAACAUGACUUAUUAAUGUUUUCAAAAAUGGAUUUAUAACAUUUUGGAAAAGAGCUCUUAAUUUGGCACAUGAGCUGAGUGUGGAUAUAAAAAUAAAGGCCAGGGCCCCCAUUCAGUAACCCAGUGGGAAGGACAGCACCCAUGUUGCGCUUACCUUCAGCAUAAUGGCAUCCUUGCUCUCUCUCUCACUUACACACACACACACACACACACAAUCACUCAGGCACACAAACAGUGCACUUCAGUUUUCCUGUGUGCAGCUAAUUAAGGGAAAGUAUAAGAAAAAUAUUUGAGGUGUGGAAGAUGAAGAUGCCCCUUAGGUGCCUGCAUGUGUGUGCUGAGGUGCUGUAGUCCACUAUCCCAUCCCCUCUCUUCUGUGCACCAAAGCCAGCCGGACAGACUGACACACUCUUCACUGCUCUUGUAUUUACUUUGAGUAGUCGCUGGUCGUUGAUCCUCAGCAACUGACAAGAUCGUUAAAAUGGGGUGGAGUUUUUUUUUUUUUUUUCAGAUCCUUUCUGCAUGGUCCUGCAUGGACCCUGAGAAGUAUUUUUAAUCACAAAACAACCAUGGAAGCCUGUAUUCAGUGUGAACUUCUUCACCUCAUUGCCACCUGUACUUUGAUUUCUUGUUUGUUUCCUGUUCAUAUAUUUGUGAUACUACCAAAAUAACCUUUAUAUUUAUAGAGAAAAAAAUAGGUUUAUAUAUACCAUGCCUUCUUUGAAGAAUAAAAUUCCCAACUUUGUACAAAUUG